AUGGUAACAACCACCUGGAACAACCAAGCUGCAGAAAAUGCUCAAGAGUGGGCCAAAACCUGCCCCAUGCAACACAGCUCAUACACCUCCAGAAAGAUCAGCACUACCUACUGUGGAGAGAAUCUGUUGAUGUCCAGCCACAGGCUAGGCUGGAGCCAAGUUAUCGAUUCCUGGUACAGCGAGGUGAAAGACUGGGAAUACGGAGUGGGAUCAAUCAACGAUGGAGUGGUUGGACACUUUACACAGGUUGUUUGGUACAAGUCUCAUGAACUUGGCUGUGGUUUGGCCUACUGCCCAGACUCUAGAUUUAAGUACUUCUACGUCUGCCACUACUGCCCAGCUGGAAACUACGAUUUAGCUCGCCCCUACAAAAAUGGAGACAGCUGUGCUGACUGCCCCGACAACUGUGACAACGGACUGUGCAGUAAGUAA